UUGUGACAUUUGACAGGUGUUGAUACGAAUUUCUCAGAUAAUUCAUGAAAUGUUUGUAAAUAUGAAGAACAAUAUGAAAGGAAGUUAUCCUUUCAUGACAUACGUUCUAUUUACGAUUUUGUUUAAAUUUGUACAGUGCAACGAUACAAAUAAAUAUGCAUUACUUAUGCCAAAUGUUAGACCAUACAGGGAAGAAUUAUAUCUGUGUACUCCUGUCAAGGUAGAUCCUACACGAAAUUACUAUUUGAUCGGUUUUGAACCAAAUGCAACAAUGGCAAGCGCGCAUCAUAUACUUUUAUACGGUUGUAGUAAACCUGGUAGCUCGAAACCUGUAUGGGAUUGUGGAGAAAUGGCAGACAGUAAAAAUGAUAACAUAGAAACAAUGAUUCCAUGUGCAGAAAAUUCUCAGAUACUGUAUGCUUGGGCUAGAGAUGCACCGGCGUUAAUUCUGCCAGAAGGAGUAGGUUUCAAAGUUGGCGGAGACUCUAUGAUUAAAUAUCUAGUUCUACAAGUUCAUUAUUCCCAUAUCGUGCAAUUUCAAGAUGGUAGAACCGACGAUUCCGGCGUAUUUCUCCAUUACACGUUACGUCCAAUGAAUAAAUUAGCUGGUGUUCUUUUGUUGGGAACCUCAGGUUCCAUACCACCUAGAAGCACAACAUACAUGGAAACGGACUGCAUAAUAAAAGAGAACAAAACUAUUCAUCCUUUCGCGUAUAGAGUUCAUACUCAUUCACUUGGGAAAGUAGUUUCUGGAUAUUUGGUAAAACCAGAUUACACAUGGAUAGAAUUAGGUAAAAGAGAUCCCUUGACGCCUCAAAUGUUUUAUCCUAUACAUAAUAAGGUUCCAAUUAGUCAAGGAGAUCGAGUAGCAGCUCGUUGCACCAUGUAUAGUACACGGGACAGUUGGACAUACGUUGGCGCUACUAAAGCCAAUGAAAUGUGUAACUUUUAUCUAAUGUACUAUGUCGAGGACGAUGAGCCACUAUCUUUGAAAUUCUGCUUUACCAAAGGCCCUCCUGAUUAUUACUGGAAAGACGCUGAACUAUUUAACAUUCCUACUGUAGAGGCAUCUAGUUUAUAACGUAAUAUUAAUUGCCUCGGCUGAAGAUCGAUACACGUACCAGACUGUCGAUAAUGGUAUAGAGUCUAGCGGAAAUAUUUGAUCUAUUUGUUAUAAAAUAGAAUUUGUUCUUUUAUCGGUAAUAGAGACUGUCGUAUUUGUUACGAAGUUACGACAAUCUAUAGGUUAACAUUACACGCGCUUUGUUCCUUCUCACAGUGUGAUGCCCGCGCGGUUAUUUAUUUCUUGUUACGAAUAUUUUGUAUUUGCAAAACAGUACUUAAUUUUAUAUUAGUACACGAAUGACCACCAUGUAAGAACGUUCUACAUUCGAUCGACGAACGAAAGAAGAUUUUAUAUUCGGCCUAUAAUGUUUCCUUUCUUUUUCUCUUUUCUUUUUUAUGUCUAUCUGUGAUUAAUUUCUACCGAUAAUCGUUGUUCGUGUAUACAGUGAACGAAGAAACUUAGUAUUAUUAAUUUCAGACGAACUCGCGCUUUCGCUGUUAAUUAAACACCUUUAGUUCCAUGUAAAUUAUCCGACGAAUACGAAAGGAAAGUAUUCUAUCCGUCAUUCUCGUCAUAUGUAAUAGCGUAGUAAUAUUUUCUGGAAACUCAACGGUGCUUCGAAUGCGUAUGUAAGAGAAGGUCUUUGAAACUAAACACGACUGAAAGUAAGACAUUUCCACGAUAUAUUACCAUACGAUUUUAUUUUGUCUAUA